UUUUACAAAGCACCGGCUUUUAAAAUGGUCAUUUAAAUUGGCAGCGGCGCGCGCGCAUCUCCUGAUAGCUAUCGCUUUGCGAUAACAGCAAUCGUGGGAGCCGUACAAAAGCUGACGACUAUGCCACAGCUGUUAAAAGUACUACCCAUUGCCAUGCGAAAUUAUUCACGUCACAUUCAUACGUACAUACUCACAUAGUGGGAGCACAUUGCUAAAAAAAAAAAAAACAAUAGACACAGAUUAUUUAAGUUUUUAAAAGUCGCAGUAUUUUGUUUAACUCCCAUCUACAAAUGGCAUCCGAUGAUCAACCGCUUGGUGAACUGGAAGCCCGUCUGGGCGAAAUCACGCUCGAGGAUGUGAACAGCCGGCAUCGGCGAGAGCGCAAGGAACUGCAGGCUAAGCUGCAGGCGCUCAAGAAAAAUGCCCCGAAGAACGACAAGAAGAAGCGGAAGGAGUUUCUGGAGCAGAUGGCCCAACUGGAGGGUGAAAUGGAACAGCGUCACAAACUCGAGCUGCAGGCAGCGGAAAAGGCGGCUGCCAUGGCAGCAACUAUCAAAGCAUCAGAACCCCAGGAGGCGGUAGAUCAACAAAAGUCGCCCGAAUCAGCACAGAACCAGGAGGAUGAGCACGACCACGAACAGGAGCACGAGCAGCAACCCAUGCAGCAGCGUGUGUCGAAGGCGCAGAAGCGUCGCGACAAAAAGGAGCGCGAGGCUCGCAAACGAGAGGAAGAAAUACGCGAGGAGCUGGAGCAUGCGGAGAAACAGCCAUCGGCCAAGCUGAUUGAAUUGCAGCAGAUCAACGAGAAGCUAGCUAGUCGCCAAGUCAUGAUACAUCGCAUCCCAUCUGACGGCGACUGUCUCUAUAAUGCGGUACGCCAUCAGCUGACCAUCCACGGCCUGCCCAGUCCCAGUGUGUCGGAGCUGCGACUGGAGACGGCCAACUAUGUGCGCGCCCACAAAGACACCCUUAUCUGUUAUAUGACGCACCAGGACACUGGAGACCUGCUCAACGAUGCCCAGUUCGAGGAAUACUGCCAGGCCAUAACCAAUACGCAUGCCUGGGGCGGCCACAUUGAGCUGAAGGCGCUCUCCUCGAUGCUCCGUGUGCCCAUCGAGGUUCUCCAGGCGGAGGGUGCGCCAACUAAGCUGGGCGAGGAAUUCGGCGGCGCACCGCUCGUCAUAUGCUAUCAUCGCCACAUGUAUCAGCUGGGCGAGCAUUACAAUUCGACACUGCCGCUGGGUGGCUAGAAAGGAACUGGACCCGCCCAGAACUGCCAGACUGCCAAAUUUUAAAUGCGGGUCCUGUCUUCCUUUUCCGCACUAUUCCGAUCUAUCAGACCUACCAAAAGAAGAAGUCUUCAUUAAAUUCUAGUAUAAGAUGGACAAUGCUCCGCUGUGGACGCGUUUCAAAUUCAACGAGAAUUAGACGAUUGGUGUAAGUUUUUCUCACCCCUCCAGUCCCGAAUCCAACCCACCAGUUCACUAAAACCAGAAUCCUCAAAUAUAACAAUGUAGUUGAACUCGAUCUUUUAUUAUCAACUUGAUCAGAAGGCGAUCAGAUCAGAUCAGAUUCGUUCGUUUUUAUUUUGUGAAAUGUAAAUAUCUGGAAGAUUUGAAUUAUUGUCAAAAUUGCAAAUAGUAGCACAAUAUAUAUAUUAGUUGUUAUUAUAUUAA